UAGAAGAGACCCCGCUUCUCCGGCGCCCGCCUGCCCUCCCCCCUCCCAGCCCCAGCCCCAGCCCCGCCAGCACCGCUACCUCCGCCAGCAUUGCCACCAUCAGCACCACCUCCACCACCACCACCGACACCACCACCACCACCACCGCCGGCGGCGGCAGCAGCCAUUUCAUCUCCACAGAAACCAGACACAAAAACAUGGCAGAAAUGGAGAAAGAAGGGAGACCUCCGGAAAAUAAAAGGAGCAGGAAACCGGCUCACCCAGUGAAAAGGGAGAUCAAUGAGGAAAUGAAGAACUUUGCAGAAAACACUAUGAAUGAACUCCUUGGCUGGUAUGGCUAUGAUAAGGUUGAAUUGAAAGAUGGUGAAGAUAUUGAAUUCAGGAGCUACCCUACAGAUGGAGAGAGCCGGCAGCACAUUUCUGUUCUCAAAGAAAAUUCUUUGCCAAAACCAAAAUUACCUGAGGACAGUGUUAUUUCACCAUACAAUAUAAGCACAGGUUAUUCAGGGCUUGCCACAGGAAAUGGACUCAGUGACUCACCUGCAGGGUCCAAGGAUCAUGGCAAUGUGCCCAUUAUUGUACCUUUAAUCCCUCCACCCUUCAUAAAGCCACCAGCAGAAGAUGAUGUGUCAAAUGUACAAAUAAUGUGUGCCUGGUGCCAGAAAGUGGGAAUCAAGCGCUAUUCCCUGAGUAUGGGAAGUGAGGUGAAAAGCUUCUGCAGCGAGAAGUGCUUUGCGGCCUGCCGACGAGCCUACUUCAAGAGAAAUAAGGCUAGAGAUGAAGAUGGACAAGCUGAAAAUUUCCCCCAGCAGCACUAUGCUAAGGAAACUCCAAGGCUUGCCUUCAAGAAUAACUGCGAACUACUUGUAUGUGACUGGUGUAAGCACAUAAGACACACAAAAGAAUACCUGGAUUUUGGGGACGGGGAAAGAAGGCUUCAGUUCUGCAGUGCAAAAUGUCUCAAUCAAUACAAAAUGGACAUUUUCUACAAAGAGACACAGGCCAAUCUUCCAGCUGGGCUGUGCAGCACAUUACACCCUCCCAUGGAAAAUAAAGCAGAAGGCACGGGGGUGCAGCUGCUCACUCCAGACUCUUGGAAUAUCCCUCUAACAGAUGCUCGGAGGAAGGCCCCCUCCCCGGUGGCUGCAGCUGGCCAAAGCCAGGGCCCUGGCCCAUCGUCGUCCACCACCGUUUCUCCAUCUGACACUGCCAACUGCUCUGUCACUAAAAUCCCCACGCCAGUGCCCAAGUCCAUGCCCAUCAGCGAGACUCCAAACAUCCCUCCGGUCUCCGUCCAGCCACCUGCUAGCAUCGGGCCUCCCCUCGGUGUCCCGCCUCGCAGCCCUCCCAUGGUGAUGACCAACCGCGGCCCGGUGCCGCUGCCCAUCUUCAUGGAACAGCAGAUCAUGCAGCAGAUCCGCCCGCCCUUUAUUCGCGGGCCGCCGCAUCACGCCUCCAACCCCAACAGCCCUCUGUCCAACCCCAUGCUCCCCGGCAUCGGGCCCCCGCCCGGCGGCCCCAGAAACCUGGGCCCCACGUCCAGUCCCAUGCACCGGCCCAUGCUGUCGCCCCACAUCCAUCCCCCAAGCACCCCGACCAUGCCUGGGAACCCUCCAGGCCUGCUGCCCCCGCCGCCCCCGGGCGCGCCCUUGCCCAGUCUCCCAUUUCCGCCGGUGAGCAUGAUGCCAAAUGGCCCGAUGCCCGUGCCCCAGAUGAUGAAUUUCGGGCUGCCGUCGCUCGCCCCGCUGGUGCCGCCCCCCACCUUGCUCGUGCCAUACCCCGUGAUCGUGCCCCUGCCCGUGCCCAUCCCCAUCCCGAUUCCCAUCCCUCACGUCAAUGAUUCCAAGCCCCCCAACGGAUUCUCCAGCAACGGGGAGAACUUCAUUCCGAGCGCCCCUGGCGACUCCUCAACGGCGGGCGGCAAGCCAGGCGGACACUCCCUGUCCCCCAGGGACUCCAAGCAGGGCUCGUCCAAGUCUGCGGACUCGCCUCCCGGCUGCUCCGGCCAAGCCCUGAGCCUGGCGCCCGCGCCCGCGGAGCACGGCCGGAGCGAGGUGGUGGACCUGACGCGGCGCGCCAGCAGCCCCCCGGGCGCGGGCGGCCAGCUCGGCUUCCCCGGCGUGCUGCAGGGCCCGCAGGACGGCGUCAUCGACCUGACCGUGGGCCACCGGGCCCGGCUGCACAACGUGAUCCACCGCGCGCUGCACGCGCACGUCAAGGCGGAGCGCGAGCCGGGCGCCGCGGAGCGCAGGACCUGCGGCGGCUGCAGGGACGGCCACUGCAGCCCGCCCGCCGCCGGCGACCCGGGCCCGGGCGCCCCCGCGGGCCCCGAGGCCGCCGCGGCCUGCAACGUCAUCGUAAACGGCACGCGCAGCGCCGCCGAGGGCGCCAAGAGCGCGGAGCCGCCCCCGGAGCAGCCGCCGCCGCCGCCGCCGCCGCCCGCGCCCCCCAAGAAGCUGCUGUCGCCCGAGGAGCCGGCGGUGAGCGAGCUGGAGUCGGUCAAGGAGAACAACUGUGCUUCCAACUGUCACCUGGACGGGGAGGCGGCCAAAAAGCUGAUGGGGGAGGAGGCCCUGGCGGGGGGCGACAAGUCAGACCCGAACCUUAAUAACCCCGCGGACGAGGACCACGCGUAUGCUCUGCGGAUGCUGCCCAAGACGGGCUGCGUGAUCCAGCCUGUGCCAAAACCCGCGGAGAAGACUGCCAUGGCGCCGUGCAUCAUCUCCUCGCCCAUGCUCAGCGCCGGGCCGGAGGACCUGGAGCCUCCGCUCAAAAGGAGGUGCCUCCGAAUUAGAAAUCAGAAUAAGUAAAAGGAACGCUCGCUCACAGGGUACCUUGCGCGGAGAGAGGGCGCAGAGCAAACCAUGUCCCGCCAUCCAAUGACACCAGCUGGUCAGCUCACCACCCCCUCUGGCUAAAACUCAAACAAAUAAAGCCGCUUCCUGUCAUUAAGCAUCUCAGAGGAAGCAGCCCUCCCUCGGUGGCCUCCAGCCCAGAGAAGCCAGCACGUCUUGGACCUACCAAGCGGCCCAGCCUUCUUGCGGCCACCGUCUCUGCUUCUCCCCAGAGGAACUUAGGGAUUUCGCCCCUGGUUUUAAAACAAAACAAAACAAAACACCAACAAGCCACAAGGACCAAUGUAGGUAUUCUCCCCGCUCCAUCUUCAAGGCUCAGAGGGUGAGGCUGGAAGAUGAUACGAAUUUGAAAACAAAAAUCUUUUUUUAGUCAUUUUAAAAACUGCUGUGGUUUUGCUGCUACACGAAGAAUUGUGAUUUGCAUUGUACGGUUUUGGACCUAUACUGUUCACGUUUUGAAGGCAGAGAGGAAUCAUACUGGAGUCCCAACACUUCGGAUUCAUCUCUGUCCUGCCCAGGAUGCACUUUUAAAUGAAGAGUUAGAAUAUUUUAUUGGCUAAUAUACUUUUCUUGUUAUUUUUACAAAGGCCACCUUUAUCCUUUUUAAUGCCAUAUUUUCAGUGUUACACUUUUAUGGCUUUUAAUUUUCGAUUUGACAGAUGUAAGAAGCAGCAUGAAUAGUUUAUACUGUGGUUUUUCAGAGACUGAAUGCCAAGAGAACUCGGUAAAUGUUUAUUCUUCUCAGCUUUCUCUUUAAAUUCUCCUAAAUAGCGCCCCAUUUGGGAACAGAGCAAGAGUGUUGAACUGAAGACCAAAAUGCCCUCAAGGUGUAAAAUAAUCCGAGGGGGAAUAUUUGCUGGGCGUCACGAAAGACUUGGAUGAAAUUUCAACCCUGAUGGUUUUCGGUGAUCCAGGAAGUCAGUGAAGCAAUCUCUCUAUACGCAGAGUCCUUUCAUGAUAAUUAGAAUGGUAUGGACAAACCAGUGAAAACAAGAGGGAAAGUGAGAAAGAUCACCCAUGAUUCUGUUUCACUGUUUGCUUUCUCCUGUCAUGGUUAAGAGAAAUGUGCAAUUCGAUCCUCAAUCAGUGGGUGGAGGAUAACAGGGUAGAUUUUCUUGUGUGCACUUGUACAGUUGUAGCUGCGAGUCCAGAAGUCCUCUAGAGCAUGUGUACUGGCACUGAGUUGGUGAGACAGUCGUGGAGUGUCCCAUUCUGAUGAGUACAGAAAAAAAAAA